AUGAUGUACAGCUUCAUGGGAGGGGGCCUAUUCUGUGCCAUCGUGGGGAACAUCCUGCUGGUGGUCUCCACAGCCACAGACUACUGGAUGCAGUACCGUCUGUCGGGGAGCUUUGCCCAUCAGGGCCUGUGGAGGUACUGCAUGUCCGGAAAGUGCUACAUGCAGACUGACAGCAUUGCCUACUGGAAUGCCACUCGAGCCUUCAUGAUCCUCUCUGCCAUGUCAUGCUUUGCUGGCAUCAUCGCAGGAAUCCUCUCCUUCGCCCACUUCUCGGCCUUCGAGAGGUUCAACCGCUCCUUUGCUGCUGGGAUCAUGUUCUUUGUUUCGACUCUCUUUGUUCUGCUUGCAAUGGCCAUUUACACCGGAGUGACCGUGAACUUCCUGGGCAAGCGUUUUGGCGACUGGCGCUUCUCAUGGUCCUACAUACUAGGCUGGGUGGCUCUGCUCAUGACCUUCUUUGCAGGUAUAUUCUACAUGUGUGCCUACAGAAUGCAUGAGUGCAGGAGAGUGGCAGGCCCUCGUUAAACAGGAAAUAAUGUGCAAAGGCUGCAAAGGAUAUCAAUUCC